AUGCUGGAUGGCCAGCUAUUCUCCGAGGGGCCCGAUAGCCCCCGGGAGCUCCAGGAUGAGGAGCCUGGCAGCUGCCUCUGGGUGCAGAAAUCUAAGCUGCUGGUGAUCGAAGUGAAGACUAUUUCCUGUCAUUAUAGUCGCCGCGCCCCUCCUCGACAGCUCAUGGACUUCCAGGCCAGCCACUGGGCCCGCGGGCCCCAGAGCCGCACGUGUGGGCCGCGCCCGGGAUCCCCUGAGCCGCUGCCCCGCCGGCCCUGGGCCUCCAGGGUGCUGCAGGAGGCGACCAACUGGCGGGCGGGGCCCCCGGCCGAGGCCCGAGCCCGGGAGCAAGAGAAAAGGAAAGCGGCAUCGCAGGAGCGGGAGGCCAAGGAGACCGAGCGAAAAAGGCGCAAGGCUGGUGGGGCCCGAAGGAGUCCCCCUGGUCGGCCCCGCCCGGAGCCUCGGAACGGCCCUCGGGUGGCCCAGCCUGCAGGGCUCCCAGCUCCCUCACGGCCAGAGCGCCUGGGGUCCACGGGGCGGCCGCCCCGUCCAUCCGCGCAGCCGCAGAGCAAUCCAGGGGCAGCGUGGGCGGGGCCCUGGGGAGGUCGGCGGCCAGGGCCCCCCAGCUACGAGGCUCACCUGCUGCUGAGAGGCGCUGCCGGGAUGGCCCCGCGACGCCGCUGGGACCGGCCGCCACCCUACGUGGCUCCACCUUCUUACGAAGGCCCCCACAGGACCCUGGGGACUAAGCGAGGCUCCGAGCCCUCGCGGGUGCCCGCCUCUUCAACCCCUGCUCCGACCAGGACAGAGGGAGGGUGCACAAAGAAGAGGCUAGAUCCUCGGAUCUACCGGGACGUCCUAGGGGCCUGGGGUCUCCGUCACGGGCGGGGUCUCUUGGGGGGAUCCCCAGGCUGUGGAACAGCCAGGCCAAGGCUGGAGUCCAGUAAAGGGGCCGCGGAGAAAAGCCGCAGGCUGGCUGCUGCUGGCCUGAAGAGUGGUAGCGACGGCCAUCCCCAAGCCAAAGCUGCUGGGAGCCCAGGCGCGGAGACCCUUCCUGCGGGGUCUGCAACUGCCACUCCCAGCCCCCCGCGUCCCGCUCCCAGGUCCAGGCCCCAUCCCAAGGGCUCCAGGGAAGGGAAAGAAGGUAGAGAACAGAGCUGGCUCCCCAAAUGCUGGAUUCCCUCCGUUAAAAAGCAGCCGCCCCGACAUAGCCAGACCCUCCCCAGACCCUGGGCUCCAGGAGGCACGGGAUGGAGAGAGUCCCUGGGUCAUAGAGAGGAGGCUGGACCCGAGACCUUGGAGGGUUGGAAGGUGACCCGCCGCCCCCAUACCCUGCCCCGAAGUUCCCGUGGCCCGACUCGUGGGGAAGGCGUCUUUGUCAUUGACGCCACCUGCGUGGUCAUAAGGUCCCAAUACGUUCCAACCCCUCGAACCCAGCACGUGCAGCUUUUGCCCGCUGGGGUGCCGCGCCUUGUGGGGAAUGCCCCCAGCCAUCCGAAGCCCAACAAGGAGGAGGGAGAGGGGGAUGGGGUCCUUCCCUCCCCUUGCCAAAAGCUGCUGUUGAGCAGUCGCCCUUCACAUCAGCCGGGUGGGGGACGCGGGCUCGAAGCUGAGGGAGGGAAGCCCGCGGACUCCUCAUUGGAGGAGCGGGCCUCCCGCAUCCUGGGGCUCCCGGUCGGCGAAGUAAACCUGCAGAAUCCCCCUGCGCAGCCAGGUAGCCCAGAGCGCUCAGUAUCAGGCCCAGCGGCUUCGGGAGGCGCGCGCAGGGCCGAGGGCUCGGAGCAAGUGGCGGCGGUCCCGCGGCGCGCAGGCCGGGGCUGGACGCGGACCCCGGGGCCCUACGCCGGAGCCCUGCGGGAAGCCGUGUCCCGCAUCCGCCGCCACACCGCCCCGGACUCCGACUCAGACGAAGCGGCGGAGCUCAGCGUCCAUAGCAGCUCUUCGGAUGGAAGCGACACAGAAGCCUCGGGCGCCUCCUGGCGGAAUGAGCAGACCGGGCCCCCGGAAGGCGGGAAGACAGCCGAGCUGAGCGACAAUAUCCGAGAGAUUCUAGAUGUCUUCAGUCGAACUGAGGAGGUCCUCUGCGGGGCGAGGGACACUAAGGAAACCCCACAGGGAAACAGGGAGCCCCAGUGA